AACUGGGUGAGUGCGUUAUGCCGCAGAGGAGAUUCUAACCUUUUGGGAUGGGAAACUGGUGGUGGAGAUGGAGGGUGAGACUCUCAAUUUAUCCCUUUUAUGUUCUUCUACUACCAGAUGCUUCGUUCCUGCGUGAGCUUUUUUAUGUUUGGAUAUGAUUGCUUCGUUUCUCGGUUUAAGCAAAAGCGAUGGGGAUUGGUUUCAGGCUGGACUGGAAAUGGGCUUUUCCAGCUCAGUCUCCUCUGCUUACUAAUGGAUCAACCAGGCAACACUCUUAUUCUUUUGGGGGAAGGGAUCCUUCUUUUGAAUCAGCAAGUGUACCUGUACUAUAUGUCAUUCCUGAGGGUAGAGGGAUGGCGUACAAAGACCCUUUGAAGGCUUAUACUUGUUACUUCUCAAUGAAUGUUGGUAGCAAGACUCACAGUACUUUUUCUAAUACUAUUGAAAAUAUCAGCAUGCCAUUUCCAGAGUCUGCACCUUCAUACCUUGCAAGUUUAGAAGAGAGCAGUACAUCACGUUUUAGUUUAUUAAUGGAAAAUAUUGAGAAGAUAGAAGAGAUCUUUGUUAAUUCAAAGUUGGUGAGGCUGGAAAGAGAGAUUCUGGUGCUAUUAGAAAAGCUUGGAGCUCUAAAAGUAUUCCAUAUGUUUCUGUCCAGGACGAUUAAGACAUCAACCAUUCAUGACCUGCCUGAUGCACCUACAAAGCUUUCCAAAGAUCAUUUUGUGGGUGGAAAGUUUGAUGAUUUUGUGAGUAAUAUAAUUGUUCUCUCAAGAAAAAAGGAAGAGAGGAGUAGAGAUAAAUUGGCCUCUAAGAGUUCUGCACUAUCAUCAUCCUUAAAAACUGUUCACAAUGGUCCGCAACUGUCUUUUGUUCCCACUGCAAAACAUCCUCAAUACUCAAGAGGGAGAAGACUAUUAAUCACUAGGGAUGAAUCAGAAAUGGCAAGGAAUGUUAAGGAGUUAGUCAACUUGGAGAGAGUCAGAGCAAGUUUGGAAGGGGAAAUUGGGCAAGUUGUCAGCUAUAGUCGCUGGGCAGAAGCUGUGGGGCUUGAUGAAAAGGUGCUGCAGCAACGUUUACUUUUUGGUUGGUUUUGCAGAGAUAAGCUUAUAAGGAGUACUCACUCCUUAGUUUCCUACCUGGCUGGAAACUACCGAGGAAUGGGGGUGGCUUAUAAAGAUCUAAUUCAGGCAGGGAAUAUUGGUGUCCUUCAAGGUGCAGAAAGGUUUGACUAUGCGAGGGGAUAUAAAUUCUCAACCUAUGUUCAGUACUGGAUCAGGAAAUCGAUGUCAACACUGGUGUCACAGUAUUCUGUAGGAAUUCAAAUACCUACAUCAUUAAAGAGGCAAAUGAAUCAAAUAAAGAGAACUUGCAAAGCUCUUUACAGAAGCCAUGGAAGAUACCCAGACGAUGACGAAAUUGCAUCCAUUACUGGUCUAUCACUGACUAAAAUUAGCGUGGCCGGUAAAUGCCUAAGAGAUGUUGGUUCAAUCAAUAAGCAAGUGGCAGAUAGCCCGAAAUCUAACUUUACGGAAUUUACUUCAGAUACCUCAGUAAAGACUCCUGGAGAGAUUCUUAUGAGGCAGCACAUGAGGCAAGAUAUUCAUGAGCUUCUUCAAGGCUUGCAUCCCAGAGAAAAACAAGUUCUCAUGUUAAGAUAUGGAUUUUGGGAUGGUCAAUGCAAGUCACUUGAGGAGAUUGGGAGAGUUUUCCAUGUGACCAAGGAGUGGAUAAGGAAGAUAGAGAAAACAGCUUUGACAAAAUUAAGGAAGGAGGAAGUUCUGAAUAAUUUAAGCCAAUACUUGGAUUUGUAGCUUCAGCCCAAAUCAUGGGAGGUCCCACUUUCUUAAUCAGACAUUAACCAUGGAACUUUUCUAAUUCUCUAGGACUUCAUACUGAAGGAGGCUGGUUAAGUUGGAAAGAGCUACAAAAUUUUCCAUAUCAGAGGGAUUUUAGAGAAAUCCAAGAGUUCAAUUUGGUGAAUUUGAA